AUGCGUGCAUUAGAAAUCGCAAAUGCUAUUUAUGAAUCAAUAACUGCAUGAAAGCUAGCAUUAUGGAUUUUGCCAGCCAAUACUCUACUAUUAGCAGCUUUAUUAGUUCCAUCAUUACUUACAUCAGGACUUAUCUCGACAAUACACUUAAUAAAAUCAAGCUCAUCUUUAUGCUUACUCAUAUUCAUUACUGUCUCGUUCUGGUGCUUUUAUGCGACACAGCUUAUUUUUUACAUUUUCCUUGAUUCAUUGAAUUCUGCAAUAUACAUUAAAAUGGCAACACGUGCCAAAUCUGCCCUCUUGGCGCAAUGAUCCGAUCUCAUGGCCACGGCAAACUAAGAUGAAUUCCGAGUAGAUAAGCAAGUUCAACCUCAGGUAAUACGUACCCAGAUAGGCUUUGGCUGCCUUCCUUUAGUUGAAAAUGGAGGUGCCCAGCAGCGUCCUUUUGAUCUAAUAUAACCAAUGAGCAUUCCUCUAUCGAGAAAAUGGAGUUUCGGCUCAGGCUACAAGGGAGUAGUCUUUUUUCUGUAGAUGUCGAAGGAAAGCAUUUCGACACCAGAUAGACUCCAGUUGAUCCUUGGAAUCAAUCUACUUCAAUCGCCUGUAGCAGGGUCGCAGAAAUGGAUAAGCACUCAAGACUGAAGCAGCAAGGAGGAGACAGAAGAUACCAGAAGGUGACCCGUUUUCUGGGGAUAUACCCUCUGGGCUGGAUUCGAAAAGUGCUAGAGCAUAUAGCAUCUGCAUCACCAAUAUGGCUAGCACCUGACUUUAAAUAGCCUAGCCUAGCCACUGAAUUCUGCAGAAAGGAAGAGAAUUGGGCAUUACCUAUUAAAUGAUUCCAUGCUAUUACAAUUCGUAGUUAUUUCUCUUGGAGAUAGCUCAAAUAAUAGCAUUGAAAUAUUAAUUUGGGCUUUUAUCUUCGUUUAUUACUCCUCAUGUAAAGUUCUGAGUAUCAUUGCAAAGUCUAGACUUCAAAAUAAUCAUAUUAGAAACCUGCAAGAAUUGAUAAUGACUACGAUUGGGGUGACAGCAGGCUUUAUUAUUUUUACAGCUUACGUGUUCUCGAAUGCAAGUCCAAGCUUGAUUUUAUUGAUAAAUUACGAUGGGAUAUUAGUGCUAAAGGAAAGUGUGAUUACAUGGUAUCAGCUUAAGCAUAACUUAGCCUUAAGCAGAAGACAUGAUUUAGCAGUGAACUCAGCAGAAAUUUUAAUAAACAUAUGCAGAUGGAUUCAUCUUGCAAUUUGGUAUUCUGAAUGGUUCUUAUCGAGCCCACUCCAAAUUUUAGUUAUCAUGAGACAACAAAAAUAUAUCAUCAGUUUAAUUUCCAUAUGCAAAAGAUAUCGACAUUAUAAAAUUUCUAUGAGAAAUUUUGUUAAAAAAUACCCACCACUUACAGAAGCUGAGCUAUCCAAGCAUGGAGACGAAAAAUGCUGCAUUUGUUGGGAGCCUUUGACUCAGAGCAAGUGCAGUCGAAUUUCUUGUGGACAUAUUCAUCAUGUCGAGUGUAUAAGAACCUGGGUUUUAAAUAAUACAGAAAAAAAAUGCCCUCUCUGCAACCAAAUUUUUUUACAGCCAGAAAUGGUUAGAGAGAGAUCAUGGUGAAAUUUUUCCUUUUCAAGAAACGCUGCUGGUAUGAGAGAACAAAGAGAAAGAGAAGUGGAGCAAGUAAGAGAAAUUUUGCCACACAUUCCGCAUGAGGUUAUCAGAAGAGAACUCGAAAGGACUGGGUCAAUGGAUGAAACUAUUGCAAACAUGCUUGAUGAAUAA